AUGUCCUUGCUCUGUGUGACCAGUAAGUCCCUUCGCUUUGCUGAUUCGUGUGCUUUUUUCUUUCGCUCUAUCGCUGCAACGAUCGCUAACGUUUUUUGGUUCCUUUUAAGUAUUUCCUGCCUGAUUUGUGUAUUGUGAAAAUGCUGCGACAGAGCAGUUUGGAGGUGUUCACGAUUAUCGUUUCAGUCAAACGUGCGCAACUUCACGGAACAGCAGGUGAGUGUGGGACGUUAUUAUCAGUUUGUCAGGAAAUGAGAUUGUUUUUGUGUCAUCAAAAUUCGAAAAUCUUUUAAUUGCUGCAUCGGAUGUUAUUUUGCAUUAAUCUCGAUUAUUUUUAAUCCCCAAGAUGACCAGGAAACCCAAAUAUUCUUAAUCUUUGAUAUCCUACAUGUCACAAUUCCAAAUGUGCCUUGUUGCACGAUAUUUUAUAUAAUCCUUGCAACCGUUCGGGCAACUUUCGUAAUAAGUACCAAACUUCCCUAAUAAAAAUGAAAAUUGGAUUGAAAUAUAAUAUAAUAUAUUUAGAUACAUAUGUUAGGAUAAAGGGGCAUACCAGGGAUUUAGAGAUGUCAAAUCUUGCAUAAUAUUCUGUGCAUUUCCAGAGGAAUUCCACUCGUAUGUGACGGUCAAAUUACAAAACGUAAAGUCGACGACGGUCGCAGUCAGAGGGCCCAAACCAUCUUGGGAACAGGAAUUCAUAUUGUAAGCGGUCUUAUUAUUUAGUAGCCCUUUAACAAUUUUACCGCCUAACCAACUCUCUAGUGAGACGAAUCGCCUCGAUCAAGGGCUGAUGGUGGAGUUGUGGAACAAGGGAGUUCUCUGGGACAAACUGAUCGGGGUCCACUACCUUCCUUUGUAUCAAGUCCAAUAUCGAGCAGGUCCAGGGCCGGGCGUGUGGCUUCAGAUUGAUCAGGAAUUGGAAACGAGGAAUGGCCAGACUGUGGGGACGUGUAAACCAACCGGACAUUCGGUGAUGGUGGAUGUCAGAUUCGAACUUCCUUUUGGCAAGCUAUUCUUUGAUCCUCAACUAGUCCAAGGCUACUUUUGCAUAAAUUUAUUCUCCUUAAUUGGUCAUGAAUAUCUUGAUCAAAGGCCAUUUACAUUUAUUUUGUGGUCCCUCUGGUCUGUUUUUAGAUUACUUUUUCGAAAUUAUUGCCUUUUUUUCCGAUUAGACCGCCUUAAGCAGCAGCAAAAGGAUGACUUUAAGGGCGUGUUUAAUGAACUCCGUCAUGCUCUACACGCUCUCUAAUUAUGCGGCAGUUCCUUUUUGGCUCUGUUUGUAUUAGAUAUUAUGCCUCCGGGGAAGUGUGUAAAAUUUUAUAAAAAGAUUGUUGAAAAUGUUUUGAAAAUCCCGAAAUUUCCGGCAGUAUAAAAGGAAAGGCCUCGCUUUGGGCAACAAUUAGCUGCGUUCUUUUUGUGAAUAAUUCAGACUCCAUGAAUUCGCUGAAAUCUUAAUUCUCUUUCGCGUUUUCGGCCCAAAAUUCACCUGAAUGGGGGUUUGGACCGACUUUUCCGGUCCGGUAAUUCAGUCCGCUGUGCGUGGAGAGGCGGGUGUCCAGAAGGCCAGGUUUCUGGAGCCCCGAUUCCCAGAUUUCCCGCUCAAUGCCCUGGGGGGUUUUUUGCGCCGGCCGCUUAUAGUUGUGUUGUUAUUAUUGGGGCCAGGCAUUCUGCGGGGAGAGUACGAAUCUUCAAAUGUUGGAGGGAAAUACGUGCUAAUGUGACGUAUUCUGAAUUGGUUUGGGCAGGGCAGGGGACAGGAGGGAGGGGAAAGAUCUCCACGCUUUUUGUUAUGGAAUUGCUGAGGUCAUGAGGUUCAGAAAUUUUGGAAUCUCGUCUUUGUGCGGCCUUUUUUAUUAUUUCUUUUGACAUUUUUUACAGAUUUUGUUAAUGAAGUUAAUUUAAAGCUCGAAUAAUAUUUUUUUUGUUUUCAACCUUUGCCCUUUUCGAAUACUUAUCUAAGAACGGGUUGUUUAAGACGCCUUUUAUCUUCAAUUCCCAUUAAUUAAUUAUGCAAAUCAGGGUCUCCGUAGACAGCCAAAAGUGGUAAAUAUGAGGAAUCGGAGGUGUCCCGGGGAGAUGACAAGAUGGAAUGUCCUUGGCCGCAUAUUCAAACGGAGUUUAUGCAUAAAUUAUGGGACCAAAAUUAUUUGUUAAGGGACGAGGGGAGUGGGUGGCCUCACGCAAUUAAAUUUAAUUUUCCGGUAAAAGUCUUUAUCCAGAAGAAAUGGCCCUGGAAAAAGUAACUUUGGCAGCUGUAAAUACAAGAUUAGAAUUGCCAAACGCUGCUUAAAACCGUUUUCAUUCCUUCAAAAAGUGCAUUUUACUCUUUGAUUUCUUUUUUUGGGCGAUAACUAGUGGCCAAGACGGAGUUUUCGGGAUUAGUCCAAUUACUUUUAAAUGUCGCAUGCAGUCCUUUAACUGCUUUCCUUUUCUUUUUGGGGAAAUUCUUCCAAUCUGACACUUUAAUAUCAUAUUUUCCAAAUCGAAUUACAUCCUCUGGCCGUUAAUUUUUUCUCCGAAAACGUCGAGAAGAGCCUGAAAAUGAUAUUUUAAAUAUUUUUUUUAGCUUAUUAUCAAUAAUUGGAAUCGUAUUUUAGAGGCCCAAUCGGCGGAUGCAGAGGAAGUUCAGCGCCGACUUCAAGAGCUCAACCGAUUUGUGGAAAACGUAAGUGAAACGCUGUUUAAUUUUAUAAGAAGAACUGCGAGGCCUCGGGUGCUCGGAUUAUCUUGGAAUGUUGCGUUCGGCUUCUGAACUAGCCAUAAAUCUCUUCCUGGGAGUUUUAGCCCCCAAUUUAGCCCCCAUCAAGUUUUGGAACGGUCUUUUUUUGCGAGAGAGCAUGCGAAAUGAGGAGAGUCGGGCGGACAAAAAACGGGUUUUGCCCAUAAUGUUUUCGGAUGUAUUUUUUUUUGAUAAAUUGUGCACAAUAAUUGAGAUUGACGUUGUUAUUUUGAUGUUCGAAAAAAGGACAAAACUCUUCGCUUCCAGUCCGAAGAGUCGGCAUUUUCUGAGAAGCGCGGGCUAGGAAUACAUAAUUAUAUCUCAGAAGAUCAACUCUAAAUUUGAGCCCACUUUCCUCCAAUUCUGUUUGCUAACGUCAAAGAUUUCCCCUUUUAGUCAUCGGUUUAAAUGUUAUACUUUUUAUCGACACUAUUGUCACCACUUAAAUUAUUUUUUUAGGAAGGUCAGAUCUCACAAAGAGCACCGUUUAGUCAUUGUAAGUCCAUUUUCAAGAACAAUUGCAUUUGUAUUGUAGUUGGUAUUACAUUUGAGUUGUUAUCUAAUUUAUGAAGGGGUAUGUUGUACCUUUGGCAGUAGUAGAUUGUAGCAAUGUCCAAGCUAUGCAGUUGGCGUUGCCUUUUGAAAAUUUUUAACAUUAGAAGGCAGAAGUGGCUAUAUUUUAAAGCGUCUUAUAUUCAAUUUUUGGAGAGGUAAUAACAUAAUUCUCUUCUUGGAAACCACAUUGCUUUGAGCGUUUAUAGGGAAGAUAUGCGUUUGAGAAGCUUGUUACAUUUUAAGCAGUAUUCUAAGAUACUAUGGCUAUGAAACCUGAGGAUUACCAUGAGAAAAGUGAGUUUUGGGAAGAAUAAUUUUAUGUAAUUACCAGAGGCAAUUGGUUACUGUAAGCUGGGAAAAUGAGUCUUUACCUCACCUUUCACAAUUUUUGGCGUCGGUUUUUGAAAUACAAUAACUUCUCAAGGCCUCUCGAACGGUGUGUAGCACACGUAACUUGGCCGUGGAUAGUUUGUACAAGUCCCUUGUUAGGUCAUAAAUUAACAAUUUACUUAACGCAUUUCCAAUAUUUUGCCUCUCCUUUGAGAAAAUAUUACCUUGAAGGACCAAAUUUUCUAACCUUUUGCGUCGGAUGCUUAGUAUAAUAUAAUGUAUAAAAUGAUUCCCCCCGCCCCUGCCGCAUUGCCUCCGGCACUUUGAGUGCAUUCAUCCAGUGAUUCUUUUUUGUUUAAUUAAAGUUUUUUCUUUUCCCCGUUUAAUCGCCGAGAUUAAGGCCAAAAAAAGGAAGCGAAGAGAGAGCGGGCCCAGAUGUAUAAUAUAACUAACAAGCCGUUCUUUUGUUGCCCUCCUCACUCCUUCUUAUCCCACUGAAUAUUUUAGCGGGAGUGUCGGAGGACAGUGAUUACACUUCUGACGUCUCUUUCCCGAUCCAUCAGAACAACCAAUCAGUGCAUCAGUGGGGAUCGCAUCUGCAUCCCUCGAACGUCGCGUCCACAAAUUCGUGUACAAUUCAGAAUCCACCGUUCGAAGAGGAGUUUGAUGGGCAUCCGGAGGACGUGCUGAGUGUGAGUACCAACUUCCAGAACACCCAGGAAUAUCAGGAGAAUACAUACGGAUUGGUGAGUGAAAUGUUUCCUUUUCUUGAGUUUAGAACUGAACUUAGAACUGAACUCUUCUUUAAAACAUUAUCUCUGUAUCAAAUUGCUACAAAUAUUUUUAUCUUUUUGUCUCUUUAGAUCUCAGAUCGUAUCUCCAGUUUUUCACCGUACUUAUUUUAAAUUUAAUUCGGUUAUUCUUUUGCCCUUCUCCAAUUUAAUUUUAUCUCUGCAACGCCUUGCACUUAAAUCAAAUGCCAAAUAUUUACUUCCAUUUUUCCAUUUCAGUCCAAUUAUUCCGAGCCCUACAACUACGAGCUCGACCGGCAGAGUCCGCACGGGCUUCGCAGAUUCCAUCUGAAUCCGGCCGAGAACCUGGAGGAGGAGAGCUACGGGAACGGACAGAUCUAUCAGUCCGGCUACUACGAUGCGUAUAUGCAUUCUAUACCGGAGGACGAAUACAAGGGCGAGGACAACGAGGGGAAUGUCUACAGUGAGGAUGGUGAGUGAUUUAAAAGCACGUUUCUUUGAUUGCAGGGAAAGAUUUUGGAACUAACUCGGCAAAAAUUUAAAACAUUCUAAAACUCGUGUGAGAUUUCUAGCUUGCGCUUUUGAAAACUCCGAAAUUUUUGAUAGGAUAUAAAAAAACCUUUUUUGUGAACUUUUGAUGCGAAAAUUUGAGGCCCAAUUAUAGUACAUAACAUAAGGCGCAUGCGUUCUACAUUUCUUCGGACCCCCUCGUAGAAACCCGGAUUUCUUGUCUGUGGGUCCUCUAGACAACAUUUGCGUGUUUUCCGUCUAAAAAACAGACAAAAACUUGUUUGAGAUAACAGACAAGUGGAAGAUUACCGUGAUCGAUGUCGGCGACGACGGUCGCCGGCCUUCGGUUUCGGCGAGUUCCGUCGCAUAAUUUGGGAUGUGACGUGUUGUUUUUCGUCUUAGAGAUUGUCCCAAUUUCGUCGCCAGUGACAGUUCGGGUCAACGAAAUAUUUUUAUAUGUAAUCAGGGGUGCUGAUUGGGAUAAUCCUAUCCACCACAUGAAAAGCUUUGAUUCUCAGCUAUUGGUUAUGUUAGUCUAUAUACUAAUAACGGACUUUUUAGGGGCUUAUCCCACAGGCUCAUCGGUAGAACGGACCUCAGGAGAGGAGUACAACACGACCCCUUCCUUCCCGGAUGCCUCUCUCCAUCAUCUCCCCCAACCCUCGACGCCUGAUUACACUAAGCCUGAGGGCAUGAACGGGGGAUUUGAUAUUCAUCAACAAAUCUACAAUGAAUACGCACAAUACGAUGACACGGGUCUUCAGCCUUAUCCAGAGGAAAUUCCAGAAGAAUUCGAUGCAGAAUUGGAGGACAUUGAACCGACCUAUAUGGAUCGGCAAGACCCCGGAAGAAGGGGAUUAAGGAGGGUCCAAGUCCAAGGAGAGUACGGGUACGAUAGUCACGAAGAACCGGGUACUUCUGAAUAUCCACAGGAAGACUAUUCAGGACAAAAUUAUGACUCUCCAAAGGAAUAUGAACAAAGUUUGGAUAAGGGAUUUCAAGGAGAAGAUCAUCAAUUUGAAGAAGUCAAUCGACAAUACGAUUCUGGUCAGGAAUACGGAACUACUCGACAAUAUGACUCCGGAAAAGAAUUUGAAGUCAUCCAUCGGCAAUACGACUCAGGGAAUCAAAUCAAUGAUAUCCACUAUGAAGAACAAUAUGGGGAAGAUCAAGGAGAACAUUACGAGGGUCCCAGAGCAUACGAAGAGAAGAAUUACGGUGAAUAUGAGCCGAAUCAGGAGUUUGUGGAAGGCCAGACAUACGAUCAGCCCAAUGAUUACCAUGAACAAACAUAUCAGCCCCAUGAAUACGAAGAGAACGAGUAUCAGCAAUACAAUGACACCGACUACAGUCAUGAUACUUAUGUUGACAACACUCAGUAUGUGAGUGAUCAUUCGGAACAGAAAUCGGAAUACGGGUCCAUCAAGUAUCAGAGCCAUGAUGAACAGACAAGACCGUCGAGUUCGGGGGAAAGGAUUGGGUAUUCUAAUGCAACAUCGCCUCUGGCAGUGGCCGAAGUGCAAGAUUAUAUGGCUCAAUUGGCAGCGACGGGGAGAAGAUACGACAGUAAACCCGAUGAAUAUGACUUCCCGGCAUAUGUGGAGGUGGAACAUAACCAGGCCUAUAAUGAAUAUGGGGAUAAAACGAGGUAGGCAAGGCUAAUCUACUAAUCGUAAUGUACAUAUAAUAUGAAAUCGAAAUACAAAGCAAAACUUCACGAAAAAAUUUUUGGGAUGUUUCUUUCGGGAUCUUGGAGAAAGCGUGGCCAAAAUUUUUUAUUUGAAUUUAAACAAUGCUUGGACCACCUUGUGCAGAAACUGCAGGAAAAUUGAUAAUCAAAGCUUUUUUUCUUCUUGGGUUUUAAAAUUUCUAGUUUCAAAAUAAUGAUGUCAUUUAUUUUUAGACCAUAUUCACAGCAAAACACCGACGACGAACACCUUUCUUAUUCAAGUCGUCCCAUCAGCCAAAUAAAUCAAGUAAAAGAGCCAAAAAGUACCGGAAAUGGCUUCCUCCCCAACCAUCAGCCUGCCAAUGAUGCUGAUUUGUUGAGAGGAAUAUACGCAGAAGAAGAAGAGGGGCAUGAUCAACAGGUGCCGGAUGUCUAUGAACAUGAACAUGAGAGGAAUUACCAACAAGGUCAAAUGGAAGGAAAUAACGAAGGAAGGGAGCAGAAUGGACUUAUAAGGGAGAAUCAGCCAUUUGAUGAGUAUGGAGUUCCAAUCAGAGAGGAGGUGGAUGAAUUUGGGAGGGUUGUAGAAGACAGAGAUGAAUUUGGGAGAGUUGUCGACGGCAGGGAUCAGUUGCGAGAGAAUGGAGAAUAUCGCGAGGAAGAGAGGUAGGGCAAUAGAGCAUAACUUUUAAUCUCCAAACUUUUAUUUAAUCAUGUCAAUAUCUCUUUUGUAGACAGCCCAAACCCCCUCGAAAUUACCGCGAUCUCUGGCGAUUGGCCUACCAGAAAAUCUGUGAAAAACAUGGAAUCGAGGUAGGUGACGUCAUUAGAAAGUUGUAG